AUGUCGUUUCGUUCAUUUAAUCCGGCUCUAAAAAAGCACUUUGCAGAGCUUCCCCGACCCAAAUUCAAUUAUGGAUACCAGCAUUUUGUAACUCCACAGGCAUGUCAGCAAAUCAUUGACAAGCUCCGACUCAAAGAGAAGUACCCCAAUUCGAAGGGUAACCUAGAUGUGAUAGAUAUUCAUUCAGGUAGAGGCAUGCUAUCUACAAUGAUCAACUACGAAUUGAAACCAAGAAAGCAUCUUGUCAUUGAGCAUCGUCCCGACUUUGCUCGUGCCUGGCAAGAAAGGAUGAAACUACUAGAAAGUGAAACCAAGAACGCAGAGAAUUUCAUUUUCGCUCCACUCGAUGGCUACUCAUGGGCGACAUAUGAUGAGCUAGUUGGAGAGAAUAAGGCUUUAUCGCCAUCGUUCCAACCUAGAUCUAAAGUUCAUGACGAGCUCCUCAUAGUUGGUAAUGUUGCAAGUACAAAUGGUGAAUCAUUGUUCGCUCAAUGGCUCAUGUGCAUAGCUUAUAAGAAUUGGCUUCACAAGUAUGGUAGAGUGAGAACGAUACUUACUUCAUCCGACUAUACGUUGAAGAAAUUUCUUGCAGGGCCUCUGUAUAAAAAGCGGAAUAAGACUGCUGCAAAGAGGGCGAUGUUUUCAGAAACAAGCUUGGUCGCCAUGACUGAAGGUGCUCAAGGAACUUGCACAAGCGAAGGCUAUGAUCCUCGCCUAGUGAUAGAAAACCAACCGGCUUUGCUUCCACGUAACUCAACUUUGCCUCAGGGAUCGACUAUCGGAGUGGCGGAGUUCGUCCCUCGUGAAAUAACCGACGACUAUAAUGUGGACGAGAUUGAUUACAUGACACAAUCAAUGCUGUUUAGACCAAACGACCCAGUCCUGGACAGUAUUAAGCAACUAGCACCAGGGGCAGCCAUUGAUCUUCCACCUUUACUUCCUGAUGAGAUCUUAAAGAAGACAUUCAAAGAGCUCACCGCUGAGGACCUCUGGACAAUGUACAACGUCUACAAAACAUGA